CUUGACCUUUAGCUCUACCCGGAAGUUGCACUGAUUGAUUCUUGUUUUGAUGUCAAAGUUGUUGCUGCACGUCUCUGAGAAGAUAUUCCCACACACAGAUAGUUUAAGACCAGAUGGCCGACAGCAAGGAUGUGAACGACUCUGCCGGUGAUAACAGGGAGGCAACGGUGUUGGGUAAAAAAUCAGGGCAUGCAUCUUUGUUGGACAGCGGGGAAGACUUUGAGAUGCUAGAAAACAUGGACGAUAAUGUGGACGAAGACCUCCCACCUUUAGAAGAUGCAGGUGGGGGGAAGAAAUCCACAAAACCAGAUGCAAAUGCAGACCAAGCGCCUUCUACAGAACCAGAAGAGUGGCUGGAUGUUUUAGGAAAUGGACAGCUCAGAAAGAAGGUUCUGGAACCGGGUACAGGUCCAGACAGCAGACCUCAGAGAGGCCAAAACGUCACUAUUCAUCUUAAAACCACUCUCACAGAUGGAACCGUCGUAGAAGAGCAGCCAAACUUAUCUUUCACUCUUGGUGAUGGGGAUGUCAUCCAGGCUCUGGAUCUCACUGUGCAGUUGAUGGAAACCAGUGAAAAGGCUCUGGUUGAAGCUACUGCUAAAUACGCAUAUGGUGCUCUUGGAAGCUCUUCACCAGCUGUUCCCCCUGAUGCUGAUCUCACGCUGGAGGUCCAGCUGUUGUCGAAAGCUGAUGCGCCGGACCUGGAGCUCAUGUCGCCCUCUGAGAAAAUUAACCUGGCCAAUAGAAAGAGAGAGAGAGGAAACGUCCACUAUCAGCGUGGCGACUAUGCCUUUGCUGUUAACUCGUAUGGAAUUGCACUACAGAUAACAGAAGCAAGCUCCAGAGUGGACAUCAGUCAACAAGAAGAAGACGAGCUUUUGGAUAUGAAGGUGAAAUGUCUCAACAACAUGGCCGCCGCUCAACUCAAGCUAGACCACUAUGAUGCUGCGUUACGAUCUUGCGUCUCCGUCCUGGCACACGAGCCAGACAAUGUCAAAGCCCUGUUUCGCAAAGGCAAGGUACUUGCUCUGCAAGGCGAGAUUGCCGAAGCCAUCAGAACUUUGAAGAUGGCCUUGAAGUUAGAGCCCAGUAACAAGACCAUCCACGCUGAGCUGUCGAAGCUGGUGAAGAAGCACUCGGAGCAGAAAGGUGCCGAACAAGCCAUGUAUAAAAAGAUGCUGGGCAACCCGACGAACGCCAGUGUGCAGAAACACCGUGCCAAGUCCUCAUGGGGUCUCAGUUGGAAGUGGCUCUUCGGUGCCACGGCUGUCGCAAUCGGAGGCGUAGCUUUGUCAGUCGUCAUCGCAGCUAGAAAUUAACAGAAGUCACUGUGACAAGAUGGUCGACGCGGUGAUGCAGAAGACAAACAAAAUCCCGGAGACACCUUACAGACCCGUGAAACAAAUAGUUCAUAAAAUUUCAUCGUAAUUUUAAAAGGUGUUAAUCUCUUUCAAGCAUGAAAGAUCAGAGAAAUAGAUAUUAUAAAAUUCAUAUUUAUGUACAGAGACGUUCCUAGUUAAAAUGAAGAAUUUAUCUAUGUACAGUAGGAUGUCAAGUCGCUGGAUAGAGUUUAUGUUUUGUUGCAAAUUGUCCAGCAUUUCACUCAGAAAGAAAACGACAGACCUCGCUUUUCGUAAAGUUCAGUAUCGUAUUUUAAGGUACUGAAACUUGCUUGUGAAAAGUCUUCAAACGUUGAAGAACAUGAUUGUAUUUUUCUUUUGCAGUAUCUAAAGGCAUCUACUUUUAUUAUUUUCUAACACUAAAGAAAUCAAGCAGUUCUUACAAUGUGGUACGUUGUUGUGGCUGGUGUUUAGUUUCUUCUCAUUUAUAGGUUGAUGAAUAUCAUGCAGUCGCAAAAGAUGUGUCACUUCCCUUCAUUUAUACUUUGGAAAACCUCUAAGAUAUUCCUGAAAGGCCAUAUUGACAUUUUGGCUAUAUGUUUUGCAGCUCGUACACGAUAAUAAGCAUUUAGUGUACAAUUUAUUUAUUUAGUAUAACACACUGUGCAUUUUAAAAAAAUGAUUUCCCAUUCCUGUUUUGUAGACUUAGAAGCUUCCAACAUUCCUUGUUGUAUUCCAUCCUAAAAUAAACUUUUGCACUUUGAGUUCA